CGCGUCAAGUCGCGUCCACUUUUUUCUGAAAGAUGCUUUCUAUAAAUGUAGAAUAUUGAAGUGAAAUAUAAUAAUUAAUGGUUGAAACUAUGUCUGGAGGAUUAGUUGAAAAAGUAUACAUAGGUUUGGACCACGCGCCAGCCGCCUUUGACAUAAAAGGGCGUAUUCUUGGACCAAAUGGAACUAACAUAGAAUAUAUCCGUUCGGAAACGGGCGUGUUAGCAGUGCUGAAAAGUGAGAAAUUCGAGCCGCUGCAUUUAGCUCUGCAUCAUACCCGAUCUGAGGCAUUGGCAGCCGCUCGGUCGCUAGCGCUGAACCUGAUCGAGACUAUUCGUGCUGAAUUAGCUCAGUGGAGCGCGCAGCAGGCUGGGGGCCCUCCGCCGCCGCUGAAUGUGCCGCCUCCGACGUUGGCUACGACAACUGCACCACCGCCCGUCCCACCCCCUGUAGCCACCGUGGCGCUCUCAACGCCCUCAACAUUAACAUCCCCGGCACACCAGACAGUCAACCCACCUGUUGUCAGUGUAGCUCAGGCCACAACUCCUUUAAUGACAGUCCGGCAACCCACAGUCUUACAAUUCCUGCAACCACAGCAACAAUAUGUGCUUAAUCAGGAGAACGGUCAGUUAAUACCCAUAGUGCAACCCGGGGUGCAAGUUUCUAAUGCGGCAAACUUUACUCAUUUACCAAUAGCACAACAUCUAAGUUCGCUACAGCAGCCUAAUUUUGGUGGGACCCAGAUUGUAGAUUUGUCUAGCAUGCAGCCAGUUAACGUGACUCAGUUACGGUUGAGUGGUGUGCCGUCUUCCAUGUCAAUGAUAUUGCCGAAUGGGUAUUCGUUUCCUCAAGCAAGCUUAACAUCAUCUGACACGACAACAGUGAGUUCGGCGACAUCUACUCCAGUAGUUUGUGCCGCUCAGAGUACGAAUGCCUCUCAGAAGAUCUUGUACAGCACAGACAAGGGCGACAAGGAUGUGAAGUACCACAUCCAAGGGGACACAGUGCAGUGGGCGAUGCCAGGCUCGCAGACCAUGUUGAUUCCGUACCAGCAGUUACAAGAGCUAACGGCUAAUCAGGCAUUGCCUAAUUUACAGCCCCAACAAUUUGUUUCAAUAGCACCUGCCGGUGGCUUGCCUCAGACGUCACUCCCGCUUAGUGCAGCUCAGUUCCAGCAGCUUCAAGCCACGGGAACUAUCAUGCAGCUUAAUCAGAAGCCAAUAGUGAGCAGUGGUUCACUGAUAAAUAUAAUAUCCACUGGGCAGGCGUCGUCACCACAAGUGUUAUCUAAUUCAUCAACACCAACGAAAAAUCUGAAUCAAGAGAGUAGAGGGCAAAAGAGAUUGUCUGAUGGCACUCCAAGUCAGUUGCAGUUACGGCCUAUCGCUCCCGCUGGGUCACAGGGACAGGACAAGAGCUCGACCAGAGACUCUCGCACGUGGACGACCGCAGCUAGAGACAACACGGUGGUCAGUAUGGGGAUGAAAAUCAAUCCGGCACAUGGCACCAUCAUACACGUGUCGUCUGGACAACAGACCAAUGUGUCAGGCGCCGGAGUAACGCAAGAGAACACCACCGGCAUGUACAUCCGGCAAAUGGAGCGUAACGCCAUCCAAAUACAGAGCAAAGACAAGCAGGACCCCUCCAAACUGCAGAACCAGAACGUUCAGAUGAUCACCGUACCGCAGGGCAUGACGGUUCUCCAGAACCCCCUCAACAUCAGCCAGAUGCCUAUGAUUGGUCAACAGAACAGCCAAGUCUACAUGAUCCCCGCCAACCAGCAUAACAUAGUCCAAUCAGGCCUACCACCAGGCCUGAUUGGACAACAAGUCUUGCAACCAGGACAGAACGUCACAGUCAUGCAACCUAAUCAAUUAACUAUGCCUAAUGGCGUCCAAUAUAACAUGCCUUUAAUGCAAAUGAAUUUACCACCUAAUUCGCAGUACAUGCCUGCUGGAAUUAAUUUAAAUACGCAGCUGUCGGCGCAGCAGCUGAACGCAGCUUUAGCUGGUCAGCAACUAGCUAACCCUAAUAUGGCUGUGUCAGGAACUAUUCCUUUAGUCCAAGCACACCCGCCAGCGUCACCAAUGGCUCAAACUAACCCACCAACCCAACAACCGGUCCACCAAAUAAUGCCUCAAAAUUCCACCUUCAUCACCCCCACUUCUCAAUACGGCGGUAUGCCCGCUCAAUACAUGAUGCAGUCUAAUUCGGGAGCUAUAGUUCCAGCCAAUAAUCCAGUGCAGUACACAGUCCCGGCCAAUCAGAGCGCGAACCCACCAGCGAAUAACGGCAACGGCCAAUCAAAUACGCCUUCGGAGAAUGAAUCCACCAAUGGCACUAAUCAGACGAAUUACAUAACCUCAUCAUCGCAGGAAAACUACGCUAUAACUCAGAAUCAACAGCAGAUAAUAACCAAUGAUGGAGCGGCGACGCAAACGAUGACCAAUCAGCAGACGCAACAGAGUUACACGACCAAUGGCAGCAAUCCUCAAACGUAUAACGUGAAUCAGACGACAACCACGCAACCUCCAGCAACAUAUCAGCCUACAAACGGCUCAAAUCCCCAAGCUAACACACAGAGCUACGCCGCUUCUACACCUAUAUCUCAAGCGCAAAACUAUUCACCGUCAACAACACCAGCGCCUAACCAAACUUAUCCAGCGACCAAUCUCCCAAAUAUGCCUAAUGUCGCAUUUCCACCUAACCAAACGCCUAACCCUUAUCCUAACGCGACAGGGCAAAACAUGGCAGCUUAUGCUAACAACCAGUAUCAGUACACUAGUCGACCAUGGUUCAGGCCUCGCUACGGGUCUCCGCAGGGCUCCCCGUACGGCGCCGGAGCCCCGGCCGGGCCCCCGCUGCCGGUGCCGCCGCCCGCGGGGAACUACAACUACUGGCAGGACAGCUGAGAGUUGGAGAACAAUGUCUGGGAGGAGGGACAGUCCUUACUGUGAUUUGAUGCAGCAUUAUCGUAAGGAACGUAAAGCGGUAUCCAGGCGGGAUGAUCAAAUCAACCGAUUUGAUCAGGAAUGACAUUGGCGUCAAUCUCCAAUUUAAUCACCAUUUUUUAAUUUAUGGUGAUAUUAGAGCCCUCUAAAUUGAAAAAAAUGCCCCAGAACGAAAAUACUGGCGUCACAAAUUGGUAUUCUUGCGUCCGCACCUCAUUUUAUCGGUAAUAUCGGUCAUUAUCGGCGGUUGAAUUCGGCGAGCCAAAUUGGCGUUUGCGUCCGCACGUCCUGAUUCGACCGGGCAAUUUAAUCAGAUUGGCAUAAUAUUUACUAGUCUGCAUACGCCUUAUAGAAACUUUAAAUAAUGAAAAUUGAAAAAUGUCUAAUGCUGGACAAAGGACUUACGAGAAUCUCUACAUAUAAAAAGCGGAGCCUUAGACAAAAUGACGAACCAAAUCUGAUGAAUUGAUGAUACACUUUGUUGAAGAGCGUUCCCACUCUGGAUCUCUCGCUUUUACAAUUGAAACCGUUUCUGUAAUAGGAGAAUGGAACUCAAAAAUAUAUGAAUGGACUGAAAAGAUAUAUAGAUCUAGAGAUUCUUUACGGAGUGUUAAUGUACCCUUGACUAAGACGUUGAAAUUGUUCCACCGAUUGUAAAUACAUCGAGUAUUUGUAGUUUUAAGAAUUGGAACACUAAGCCCCCAUUCGCACGACAGCUUUUUCAACGCGCGUUAAAAAAGCGUUUUAAUGACACAAAUGGAUAACCAUGUAUGUAUUCACACGACAGCGGUGGCGCUUUUUAUCAAGCGUUGUUGGAUUUUCGACUUGGUCAUUAAAUCGUAUUUAGAGUGCGGA